AUGAUGUCCCAAGCUGCUAUGCAGGUCGAGAAGGCCGUUGGCCACGGCGGUGAAGCCACAACUGCGCAGAACGUCACAAAUCCUGGCAACUCCCCAGACUAUGCUCACCCAUCAGGAGAGAAGAUGAAGGCUCUGGCAUGGAUGGGAAAGAACAAGGUCGAGAUGAUUGAGUGUCCCAGGCCCAAAGUCAUGGAGCCUCGUGAUGUCAUCGUCAAGGUUACUGGGUCCACAGUCUGCGGCUCAGACCUGCAUCUGCUCCACGGCACAGUCGUCGAGCUGCAAAAGGGUGACAUUCUCGGACACGAGUUCUGCGGUGUCGUAGACGAGGUCGGUAGCGAGGUUACAAAGUUCCAAAAGGGCCAGCGCGUGGUCGCAUCCUUCCAGAUCGCAUGUGGUGACUGCUUCUACUGCAAGCAGAAGCUUUCAUCACAGUGCGAGAAGACGAAUGACAACACAAUUGAGAAUGCCAUGUAUGGCGGCCGCACAGCAGGCAUGUUCGGUUACUCCCACUUCACAGGUGGCUUUGCUGGUGGACAGUCUGAGUACACUCGUGUCCCGUACGGAGACGUCAACCUGCUUCCUCUUCCCGAUGAUGUUCCCGAUGAGGAGGGUCUCUUCCUUUCCGAUGUCCUGUGCACAUCAUGGCACGCUGUUGUCGACACUGGUGUGAAGAAGGACGAUGUCGUCGCCAUUUGGGGUGCCGGACCUAUCGGACAAAUGGCUGCAGAGUUCUCCCUCCUGAACGGCGCAAAGAAGGUCAUCAUGAUCGACUCGAACUGGCGAUUGGACUUCAUCAAGAAGAACUACCCCCACAUCGAGACCAUUGACUUCUCCAAGCUCGGCAAGGGCGAGUCAGUGACAAGCAAGCUCAGAGAGAUGGUUGACAACCGCGGUCCCGACGUUUCCAUCGAGUGCGCGGCCGGCGAGUAUGCAAAGGGCUGGGCCCAUUAUUUCGAGAUGAUGCUCGGUCUCGAGACAGACACUUCUGAGCUCGUUAACGAGAUGAUCACCAGCACAAGAAACUUCGGUAGCUGCGGUAUCACCGGUGUCUACGUCGGAUUCACAAAUCACUUCAAUAUUGGCUCGCUUAUGGAGCGCGGUAUUCGCCUGAUCGGCAACGGCCAGGCCCCUGUGCACAAGUACUGGGAGUCGCUCCUGAAGAUGAUCCAGGAGAAGCAGAUCCACCCGUCGAAGAUGGUGACACACCGCGUCAGCCUCGACGAUCUGGACAAGGUGUACUACAAGUUCGAGGAGAAGGCCGACGGCAUGCAGAAGGUGUUUGUCGAGACAAAAUGGUCCUUCCCUGCAUCAGAGAGCUCGCCACCUCUCACCAGGUACUAG